AUGCCCGUGUCCUUGAAAAAAGUGAAGCGAUGCAGAAAGAAGAGAAUUUCCUCAAAAACUCCGUUCCAGAGAUGUGACCAAAUUAUCGACGGUCUUCUGCGCAUAUACUGCCGAGGCAAACGGGAUUGUGUCUCCAAAAUCGCUCGUAAUAUCACCUUGGAAAGCUAUGAACAUAACAAAAAACUGGCGGUCUACAUGCGGGAGAUAUCACCUGCGGAGAAAAUACACGCAAAUCUCGACAGUGUGGACAGAAUGGCCUGCGACGUCCGUGCAGAUCUUCUUUCGAAGGUCAGAGGAAAGACGAAAAGCAGCAGCAAAGUGUUCAGAUGUUCACAAUUGGCUCUUCGAAUUCUUCAUAAAAUGCUCGAAACAGAAAUCCUGCGAAAUCUACGAAAAGCGCAAACUCCAGACUAUUACACCGAAAUCUAUUACAUAUGUACAGUUUUACGACCAACGAACUCAUUCUUUCAUAUUAUGCCCGAAUAUCUGAAGACACGGACAGCAGCAGUUACGAAAGAUUCAGUACUGGGACUGGAGAACGUACCAGAAGUGAAUAGUUUAUGUGAUCGAAUGGAUCCGUACGUUCGACUCGAAUUGCUUCCUACUUGUAUCUAUCCACCACAUUGUUUUUCUGUACAAAAGACGCGAACGCUCACACAGUGCGAGGAUCUGAAAUGGAACCAAGAUUUCCAAUUUCUCGUUCCUCAGGAACUCUUCUACACUCAUGGCUCUUCACUCUGUAUCUCAGUCCUGGAUCACGAUCGGUUUGUUUCUGUGGUUCACUGA